AGGAAAGAGAUUGGGAGCAAUCGCGAGAUCUCAGACCACCGGUCCCAAAAGGUUCUUAGGAAGUUUAAGAGCCCAGAGGAGCUCCGGGGUCAAAUGGCCGGAGCUGGGCCGACCAUGCUGCUACGAGAAGAGAAUGGCUGUUGCAGUCGGCGUCAAAGCAGCUCCAGCACCGGGGACUCGGACAGGGAGCGCGAAGACUCGCCGGCUGCGCGUGCCAGACAGCAACUGGAGGCGCUGCUCAACAAGACUAUGCGCAUUCGCAUGACAGACGGGCGGACACUGGUCGGCUGCUUCCUCUGCACCGACCGCGACUGCAAUGUCAUCCUGGGCUCUGCACAGGAAUUCCUCAAGCCGUCGGAUUCCUUCUCUGCGGGGGAACCCCGUGUGCUGGGCCUGGCCAUGGUACCGGGACAUCACAUCGUUUCUAUUGAGGUGCAAAGGGAGAGCCUGGCAGGGCCUCCGUAUCUCUGACCCAGACCACUCAUUUCUUGCAGACAUUAAACCUGUGAC